UAAGCAAUAUAAGAUUCUGCUGCAUUUCAUUCUGAGAGAAGCAUGAAUUGCUGAACUUAUUCUUGUAUUCUUUUAAAGGGAGAAACUUUUGACUUUCCAGAAAUUGUUCCAUUUCGCCUUACUCAUAACAUGGUCAAUGGGAUGGGUCCCAUGGGCACAGAAGGGCUCUUCAGGAGAGCUUGUGAAGUUACCUUGAGACUUAUGCGUAACCAGAGAGAACCACUCAUGAGUGUUUUGAAGACUUUUCUCCAUGAUCCUCUUGUAGAGUGGAGUAAACCAGUUAGAGGCAAUACAAAAACCGCAGUAAAUGAAACUGGAGAAAUUGUCAAUGAAAAGGCCAAGACCCACGUGCAAGAUAUAGAUCAGCGGCUGCAGGGUGUGAUAAAAAAUAGGAACAGGGUAAAGGGCCUACCACUGUCAAUUGAAGGACAUGUUCACCAUCUUAUUCAAGAUGCAACUGACAAAAACUUGCUGUGCCAGAUGUAUCUUGGGUGGGCACCAUACAUGUGAAAUGCUGUCAUUUGCAGACUAGUUGCCAUAGUUAAUUUUUAAAACAAACUUUAGUAAUUUCUGCUAAUGCAGAUCAGUCUUAAAUGUUUAUAUUGUAUAUAAAUACUGUUUCCACUGAUAUAGUUGAAAUUCCGUUUAUAGAAAUUAUUUCAGUAAAAACCUUUGAAUACAAAAUGCAAGUUACUCUGUUUAUCACUGUGUUGCUUCCACAUACUUCACAAUACAAUAAUGAGAGGUCUUUGAGCUAAGAAUGUUAAGAUAUUGGAUGUAUAAUAGAGUGAGCCAGAUGGAAACAUGCAAUUCAAAAAUAGAGUAAAAUUACACUGUACAUUCCCAUGUCUUUCUAUCCUUCCAAACCAUCCUUGUUCUCACCAUGUCCAUGUGUCACUUCAUACACUGCCUUUUCUUCUUUAAACUUCUCACCUCUCUUUGAGGAUUUCAUUAACUCUAUUCAGCCACAACACUUUCAUUCUUCUAGUUCUUUCAGCUCCUUUACUCUUCUAUUACA